AUGUUCAUCUUCGAUCCAAAGGCAUUCGCCCUUUUGGAUGCGAAGGGUUUGCUAGAUGGUGGCACUACUACCAAGCUGGUGCUCAAUGCUUCGCUGGACCGCAUGCAACUUCGCUGGACAAUGGCAUCGGAAAUCAAGGCCGGCUCCGUUACCAUUCGACCUGGUGACGCCGUGCCAAUGUGUUGA